AUGCUGCCAGCAACAAGAGCAGGGCAAACCAGAAGGGAUGAGAGAGAUGAUGAUCAAGUGGCCACAGCUGCAGGCAAUGGUCAAGAGGAGGGUUGGCUCACGCAGGUAGUUAGAAUUCUACAGUUAGCAAACCCGGCACUGACAGUGGAGGAGGCAAUAGUACGGGCGAUGGGAGAGAUGGAAAAGAUCCCCAAGGAUGUUUCGAGCUCAAUUGCCCAUAUUAAGAAACUUAGUGAUAGCAACUGGCAUACCUGGGAGCCUACUUUCAUCGACUCACAAGAUUGGUUCUACACCAACUCUGUCGAUGCACUCAAGACAGCCAAACCAGAUUGUAAGUACAAUGAAGCCUACCAUGCAUUAGCAAAGAAGCAACAGGAUGGUGAGGUUACUGGCCAUAUUAGAGGAGCAGCAAGGGUUGCCACAGGCACAGACCAGGCGGAGCAAGGACCCAGGGGCAGGUGCGACCCUCACAACCCCUCGGCCCCUCCUAAGUGCUAUGCUUGUGGAGGGCCUAAUCACAUUGCUCGCAACUGCACAAACACCAACAACAACUCUGCACCGAGUAUGGGCAGACCCACCACCAAUCCAGCACAGGAAGCGAUGAUCGGCGGAGAUAAGCAACCAACAUCAGAUACCUGGAUCAUUGAUUUGGGUGCAACACACCACAUGGUGAAUGAUGAAAGAAUGCUACUCACCUCGACAAGCAAGGAUGGUCAGAUCUGUAUGGCUGGAAAUGAAAGGCUUCAAGUGAAGGCCAUAGGAGAUGCCUCCCUUCGGGUUGGCAAUGUAACCAUUCAACUAUUGGAUGUGCUCUAUGUGCCGGAACUUAAUUCUAAUUUAUUAUCAGUACAAGGUUUGAUCAAGAAUGGUGCAUGGGUAACUUUCGAUGAGUUUGGGACCAUCAUUAAGCAAAAUGAUGGCACACAAAUACAAUACAAGAGGAACAGAAGAAAAGGGCAGUUCGAAGUGCAGGGAAAAGCACUAGCCCUGGAGUUGGAAGAGACACUCAACAAUGUCCCAGAGGACAACCAGAACACAGGAAGACACAAUGAUGUCCCAGAGGAUGAUAAGAACACAGGAAACCGAGACAACAACUCGAAGGAAGACAAAGAUAGCUACCUCUGGCAUGAGAGUCAAGGAAAACAGACCCAAGCGCAGAUGAGCCAAUCGGAGUUGAAGAGAGCGGAGGUGCCACUAGAGUUAGUACAUGUAGACUUGAUGACAGAUCUUAAGGGCCAUGCCAACUACCACUACACACUAGUUGCUGUGGACAACUUCUCCUCCCUGAUCUAUGUGGAACCACUCUGCACUAAGAGUGCUGCACUCCUGGCACUGAGAAGGUGGAUCACCAGGAUGGAACAAGCAACAGACAGGAAACUCAAAACACUCUGCAGCAACAAUGGAGGAGAGUGGUGCAGCUUAGGAGCUGAAGACUGGCAAACUCAAGAGGGUUUCAAGUGGCAAAAGAGCAUCCUGGGGAUCAGUGUCCAGAAUGGACAGGCAGAGAGAGUGAUCAGAUUGGUCCAAGAAAAGAUGCACUCAAUGCUCAUUGGUCGAGCUUGCCCCAGAGAGUUGUGGCCAUAUGCAAUCACAGCAGCAGCACAUGUGAUGAACCUCACCCCAUCAGCCACCAAGACCAUCCCCCACAAGGCCUUUUAUGGAACCACUGCACACAAGCUGGCCCAGCAGCUGCAAGUCUUCAGAUGCUUGGCAUGGGUCCAUGUUCAACAGAAGGAUCAGCAGGGCAAGUACAGGGCUAGAGCAAAGCCAGCCAUCAUGAUUGGAUACAAUGAUGAGCACAAAGCAUGGAAGUUUUGCAACCCGGAUCAGCCUGCAUCAAUUCAAUGGAGCAACUCAGCAACAUUCCAUGAGGACAAAGGAUGGAGUGAUUGCCAACAGGAGGCAGUCCAGCCCAUGGCAACCACAGAGGUUGAGGAGGAGGGUGUCACACCAGCCAUAGUGGAGGAACCCCUACCAGCUGUAAACAGCACAGUAGGCGCCACCAACACAGCAGUACUGAACCUGGACCUGACACUUGGGGAAGCAAUGAAUGGUGAGGACGCCCAGCUCUGGAAGGAGGCAAUACAAAAAGAGCUGGAAGGACUCAAGGCAAUGGGGACUUGGGAGGUGGUGAAUCACCCACCAGGGGCACCACUUGUGGACUCUAAGGUCGUGCUUCAGUUAAAACUUGAUGCUGAUGGUGUGCCCAUAAAACACAAGGCACGACUGGUGGCGAGGGGCUUCACACAGAGAGAGGGAAUCGACUACCAGGAAACCUUCUCUCCAGUAGCACCCCUCAGAGCAAUCAGAGCUAUCCUAGCACUAGCAGUACAGAAUGACUGGGAGGUGCAUGCACUGGAUAUCACAAUGGCCUACUUAAACUCCAGGUUAAAAGAAGCGAUCUAUAUGAAACCACCAGAGGGAUCAGGAGUAGCACCUGGACAGGUAUACAAAGUGGUCAAGGGCCUGUACAGCCUAAAGCAGUCUGGGCGAGAAUGGAACCAGGAGUUCGACAGGUUUUUGCGAUGCAUGGGAUUCUUCCAGGUAGAGUGCGCUCCCUGCAUCUACACCAAGGGACGGGGCAAAGAUAUGGCCAUUGUGGUCAUCUAUGUCAAUGAUACAUUAGUCAUAGCACCACGGCUGGAAACAGUCCUAAAGGUCAAGAAGCAGAUCGGUCAGAGAUGGAAGAUGGAAGAUAGUGGCGAGGUCUCUCACUUCCUUGGCAUCAAAAUUAGUCGAAACCAUAUGAUGUGCACCAUGAUGAUUGGUCAGUCAGGGUACAUUGACCAAGUGCUGGCUAAGCACCUGGACAAAUGCACCAAGCCAACCAUGGUUCCAAUGCAGAGCAUACCAGAGGGAACCCUUGUUGCAAGUGCAGCACAACAGAAGGAGUAUCUGGUGAUCAUUGGCAAGCUGCUCUGGGUUGCCAACAGCACCUGGCCUGACCUUAGUCUCACCAUGAGUGUCCUUGCUAGACACAUGCAUGAACCAUCCCAAGAGCAUUAUCAGGCAGCACAACGGGCCUUACACUACCUCGAAGGCACAAAGGAUGUUGGAUUAGUUUAUAGGGGAAAUAUGUCGCAAGAGCCACUGAUUGUGCAUAGUGAUGUGAACUGGGCAAGUGAUGCCACCAUUCAGAGAAGGAGUACAUCGGGGUCAGUGGUGUUAGUGUAUGGGAACCCAGUAGCCUGGAAGUCAGCAACACAAAAAUGCAUAUCACUGUCUGCCAUUGAGGUGGAGUUCAUUGCAGCUAUGGAAGCAACAUGUGAGGUGCUCUUCCUCAAGCAGCUGCUGCGCUCGAUUGGCAUUGCCACAGGCACCCCAACAGUCUACUCAGACAACACUGGAUGCAUACAGGUUAGCAAAGACCCAGCACAGCACUGGAAGCUUAAGCACAUCGACACCAAGUAUCACUUCAUCUGUAACAAUGUUCAAGAGGGGAGGGUGCAAAUCAAGUACAUGGACACAACAAGGAAUUUGGCAGAUGUACUCACCAAGCCAAUCGGGAGACAGGCAAUACAGCAAGCGAGAUCUGGGCUAUACCUGCAGAUACCAGCAGCAGUGUACAAAACGGAGUCCCCAAGCUAUGUGAUGAUGUUAAAGAAUGGAGGAUAUACCUUGAAACAACAGCAUAAUGAACAGGGUACACAUGCUGUUGAGGGGGGGAGUUAA